AUGGCAGCUCAACAAUCAGAUAAUGUUGCUCAUGCUCUUUCCGGUGCUGGUGGGGGCAUCCUUUCCAUGGCUCUUACCUAUCCUCUUAUUACGCUUUCCACGCGCGCACAAGUCGAAUCAAAACGCGCUGAUUCAGGAUUUCUUGAUGCUGUAAAGCAUAUCAUGGAGCGUGAAGGUAUUACGGGCCUUUAUGCUGGACUCGAUUCAGCACUAUUCGGAAUCAGUGUUACAAACUUUGUAUAUUACUACUGGUAUGAAUGGACUCGUUCGGGUUUCGAGAAGGCGGCACUCAAGGCUGGCCGAGCUUCAAAAAAGCUCACGACAAUCGAAUCGAUGAUCGCGGGAGCAAUCGCAGGCUCAGCAACAGUCUUGCUCACAAAUCCUAUUUGGGUAGUCAAUACACGAAUGACUACACGAAAGAGAAAUAAGGAGGGUGAGGGCUUUUUGCCCGGGGCUAAGGCAUCAAAGGCACCUACAACAGUUGGCACAUUGCUUGCACUCAUUAAAGAAGAAGGUCCAUUAGCGCUUUUCUCUGGAGUCGUGCCUGCGUUGGUGCUCGUUAUUAACCCCAUAUUACAAUAUACGAUUUUCGAGCAGUUAAAGAAUGCAAUCGAGAAGAAGAAAAGAAUCACCCCAACAAUGGCAUUCCUUCUAGGCGCAUUAGGAAAGCUAUUUGCUACUUCAAUCACAUACCCUUAUAUCACAGUAAAGAGUCGCAUGCACGUUGCCGGAAGAGAUGGAGGAAAGGAAAGUAUGGUUCAAGGCAUGAGACGUAUUUUGAAGGAAGAGGGCUACGCUGGAUUCUAUAAAGGAAUUGCUCCCAAAGUCUCACAGAGUGUUAUGACUGCUGCAUUUUUGUUCGCCUUUAAAGACGUUUUGUAUGAACAAACCAUCAGACCUGUGGUGCUCUUGGAGCAUAGAUCUGAUUACAUCAUGGAAAAUCCUACUGAGAGUGAUGAAUAUGGCUUCAGUUCUGGCGACGAGGCAGAUAUGCUAGACUUGACAAACGCGGUCGAUGCUAGCACCAACCAUGGCCACAAGCGUAAAGCUUCUCCCGAGCAGACUUCGUCGAUUGUCAAGAAGCAGGCAAUCGAGAGCUCCCACAAGGUAUUUGAGUCAGCAACGUUUGCACUGAGUCGCAACUUUGGUUUCAAAUCUUUUCGAUUGAAGCAGGAGCAAGCCAUAUCAAAAAUCCUUGGUGGCGACAGUGCCGUUGUUGUCUUUCCUACUGGAGGUGGCAAGAGUCUCUGCUUUCAAGUCCCGGCGCUUGCUUUUGAAGAAGAAGACAAGCUUCUCGGGACUCGUGAUGAAGGCGAACAUGGCAUUACCCUGGUAGUAUCGCCACUCAUAGCUUUGAUGAAAGAUCAGGUAGAUGCUCUUGUUCGUCGCGGUAUUGCUGCCGCAACUUUCGACUCAAGCAAGACUAGAGAAGACUUUAUACAAACAUGCGACCAACUGAGAAGUGGAAAGUUAAAGUUACUGUAUGUAGCGCCUGAGAGGUUAAAUAAUGAGGGUUUCGUGGAGCAAAUGAAAUAUGUCCGAGGAGGUAUCAGAUUGCUUGCAGUAGACGAAGCACAUUGUAUCAGCGAGUGGGGACAUAGUUUUCGUCCAGACUACCUAAAGAUUGCUCGUUUUGCUGAUGAGAUCAGAGCAGAGAGAGUCAUUUGCCUAACUGCUACAGCUACACCCCGUGUUGCGCAAGAUAUUUGUGAUGCAUUCAGAAUCAAAGAUUCUGGACUCUUUCGAACUUCUACCUAUCGACCUAAUCUGCAUUUAUUGGCUGAGUCAGGAGAUAGGAAGGUUACUAUGCUGCCCAAGCUUAAAGACUUUUUACGAAAGCAUAAAGGCUCAACUAUCAUCUAUGUUACUUUGCAGAAGCAAACGGAGAAUCUUGCAAACAUAUUGGUAGAGGCGGGCUUCAAAGCUAAGGCAUUUCACGCAGGAAUGACGACUGAAGCCAAGACAAAGUUGCAGGAUGAUUUCAUGAGAAGUAAUGACAUGAUUAUGGUUGCAACUAUUGCCUUUGGGAUGGGAAUUGACAAGGGCUCUAUUCGCAAUGUUAUACAUUUCAGUGUCCCUCAAAGUCUGGAAUCUUACAUGUAUCUCGAUCUCUACUAUGUUCAGGCUUACUCUCAAAGUUACAAUGAGCCACCCCUCGUUUUUCCACUCAGUCUCGAAGUAGAGACAUCCCCGCACUACUUGAUGAUUGCAAAUGCCAAAGCUCUUCAUGCUGAUAUUUGCACAGGUCAGGAAAUCGGAAGAAGUGGCCGAGAUGGGAAAAUUUCUAAUUGUUUCUUCUUCGUAUGUGGCGAGGAUCUUCAUUUCCGUGAAUUAUUCGCACGAGGUGAUCUUCCAUCUCUUACAUCCAUUCGUGGACUACUAAACGACAUAUUUGAUUUAAAUGCGAAAAAGCUUCCAAUUGGAGGUGAGAUUCACAGUUCGCAUUACAAUCAAACGAAAGAAUUCGAUAUCCGCCCCACUGUUCUAGGUGGUAUAUAUGCACAAUUAGAGCUGGGCCACGGUCUUAUCCGUGCUACUACACCGUUAUACCAAAAAUAUUCGUAUGUUGCAAAUGAUCGCAUGUAUCAUUCCAAAAUCAAGACAGAUCGAAGUCCAGCAGCAGCAGCGAUCGCAGCCUGUGGCGAAAAGAAAGCUAAGUUCCAUCACAUCGAUGUAGAUGCCGCAGCUCGUCGUUACAAUCUCGGAAGAAAUGAGGUCAUUGGCAAGCUUAACGAAUGGAACGCCGAAGGGGCUCUAGAACUGAAAGCAAGUCAGGUCUUAAAUGUCUACAAAGUCACUAAACCUCUUCCCCAAACCGCAGAGGAUAUUGAGACAAUCGCAAAGACAAUUUACAGCAGCAUGGAAACACGUGAAAAGCAAGCUUUGGAGCGCUCAGAGAAAAUUUUACAGCUUAUCACCGGCAAAGCUUGUUUUUCCAAAAAAUUGGCCCAGCAUUUUGGAGAUGAGCUGCCUGAUGGAAAGGAAGAAUGCGGUCAUUGUCAAUGGUGUUUAACACAUAAGCCCGUCGAGAUUCAACUUCCACCUCCUGUUCCUUUCAAUACUAUUGUUUUCAACAACGUUCUUAAUAUGAUUGUAGAGCGCGAUGAUCCGAGAUUCCUCGCUAGAGUAGCUUUUGGUAUCUCUACCCCGAGAGUGACGGCGAUGAAGUUAGGAAAAAGUCCCAUCUUUGGUUCGAUGGAUGAUCAUGAGUUCUCGGUUCUUCUUGAAGCAUUUGAGAAGGAAUGCAAAUAG